GAGUUGAUCCAGAAACACACCCACACAUGCAGGAGUGUAGGAUUAUUGAGAUUAUUUUAAAGCCUUUUUAACUCCUUAUCCAGGCAGGAGAGAUGAAUUCUCCCUACUUUUGCGCUCUUCACCCCGCGCUGUGUUUGGAUCUUCACCAGCAGGUGGCGCAGCGGUACCGCCUUCACACACACACCGUCACUGUGGCCGAGAGACUCGUAGAGCUGAUCCUCGAGGCACGCGACGGUGGUCUGCAGAAGCAGCGGAGGAGCAGGACGGCUUUCACUGUGUCACAGCUGCAGGCGCUGGAGAAAGCUUUCCAACAAACUCAGUAUCCUGACGUGGCCAUGAGAGAGAGGCUGGCCGUCUGCGUCAACCUCCCCGAAGCACGCAUUCAGGUAUGGUUCAAGAACAGGCGUGCAAAGUUCCGCAAGGGACAGCGAUUCACUCCUCUACCGAGAAAAAAGACUCUGGAGAAUCCCAAACAAACCAAAGCUGAGCUUGAAGAAGAAGAGAAACACCCCAAGCAAGAAACAGUCAUUUCGGACAUCAGCGCUAGUCGUGUCAUAGACGACACGGCACGUUUCCAGUUUCCGUCUCGGCUGAGUUCUCCGUCCUCUCUCCAGCCGUUUGUUUAUGGAGAACAACACAAGUAUCCAAGCCUUCUCUCCACUGCUCUGCCUUUUCCCUUCUUACCCAUCACACAUCCUCAAAGCAGUGUACCAGACGUCACGGCGAUACAUAAAUGCAGCAGCCUUGGGCUACACAUUAAAUCCAUGGCGCAUCCAUGUCUGGACUUGUAGCUGCACCACCCAAAAAAUAAAAAUAAAAAUAAAAACCCUAAACCUUGCUGAGCCAGUUAUCGCUGUGAACAGAGGAACAGGUGCUCCUGAGUCGGACUGCAACCUGACAGAGAGUUUACGUUAGGCCUGUAGUGUUUUUAAGCGCUGUUGAACGACCCCUUGA